AUGACUGUUGUUAUGAAUUUCAUUUCAGAGGCACUGGGAUCACAGAGUCAGCACACUAGAACAAAGAAAGAUCAGCAAAACUUAGAAACCAAAUUUCGACUUUAUACAGAUACAACUGAAGAAGGCUGUCAGAUUUUUUUUAAUCAGUUGGAGACUCUUGACAAAUGCAGUUUCAAUGCCUCUCUUCCUCUGGUGAUGAUAGUCCAUGGCUGGUCGGUGGAUGGGAUAUUAGAAGGUUGGAUUUGGAAAAUGGCAGCAGCUCUGAAGUCUCAGCAUAAACAAAUUAAUGUGAUCAUUGCAGACUGGCUUACAUUUGCUCACCAGCACUAUCCCAUUGCUGUACAGAAUACGCGCUACAUAGGACAGGAGAUAGCAGACUUCCUGGAAUGGCUGGAGGAAUCCAUUCAAUUUUCCAGAAGCAAUGCUCAUCUAAUCGGGUACAGCCUAGGAGCUCAUGUUUCAGGAUUUGCUGGAAGUUAUAUCAGUGGUACGAACAAGAUUGGAAGAAUUACAGGCCUUGACCCCGCCGGUCCCUUGUUUGAAGGAAUGUCACCAACAGAUCGUUUAUCUCCAGAUGAUGCAAACUUUGUAGACGCAAUUCAUACGUUCACUAAACAGCACAUGGGUCUCAGUGUUGGCAUCAAGCAGCCUGUGGCUCAUUUUGACUUUUAUCCCAAUGGAGGCACCUUUCAGCCUGGCUGUCACAUCAUGCAUGUGUAUAACCACAUUGCACAAUAUGGAAUCACUGGCAUCACUCAAACUGUGAAAUGUGCCCAUGAGAGGUCAGUUCAUUUGUUCAUCGACUCUCUGCUUCACAACGAUAAGCAAAGCACAGCAUACUGGUGCAACGACAUCAACACUUUCAACAAAGGAAUGUGCCUCAGCUGUAGAAAGAACCGGUGCAACACACUGGGCUACAACAUCAGGGAGGAAAGGCUCCCAAAAAGUAGACAACUCUUUUUGAAAACAAGAGCACAUAUGCCUUUCAAAGUCUAUCAUUAUCAGUUCAAGAUCCACUUCAUCAAUGAAAUCCAAGGCAAGCAGAUAGACCCAACUUUUACCAUUUCUCUGACAGGCACUAAGGAGGAUGCUAAAAAUCUGCCCAUCACACUAGUUGAAGGUAUUAAUGGGAAUAAAACCUACUCUUUUCUCAUCACCUUGGACACUGAUAUUGGUGAGCUAAUAAUGAUCAAGUUCAAAUGGGAAGGAACUGCAGUUUGGGAAAAUAUCUGGGACACAGUUCAAACCAUAAUACCAUGGACAAAAGGCACCCGUCGACCAGGACUUAUAGUGAAGACAAUAAGAGUGAAAGCAGGCGAAACACAGCAAAAAAUGACAUUUUGUUCUCAAAGCACUGACAACGUUCACCUUCAUCCAGCCCAAGAGAAAACAUUUAUGAGGUGUGAAGAUCGCUUUCGGAGACAAAACAGAAAAUGAGCAAGAA